GCAGCUCCGGGAAACAAAGAGCUGGGCUCUCCAGACCUCAGCGUUGGAACCUAGGGCUCUCUGAGAAGCAUCUCAUUUCGGGGACCAGGGCUCUCGAGCUCAGUGUCCCCUCCCCAACCUCCCCCGCCUCCCUUGCUUGCUCGCUGCUCCCUCCCUGCUCGCUGCCUCCCCCAUCAUAGCAGCGCUGGGAGGAAGGCGGCCAGGGCUCAAGAUGGCUUUAGCCAUGCUCUGCGCCCUGUUCGCCUGCUGUUGGGGGCCGGCUGCGGUGCUGGCCACAGCUGCCGGCGACGCGGAUCCAUCCAAGGAGCUGGAGUGCAAGCUCAAGAGCAUCACUGUGUCGGCGCUGCCCUUCCUGCGCGAGAACGACCUGAGCAUCAUGCACAGUCCCUCGGCCUCCGAACCCAAGCUCCUCUUCUCUGUGCGCAAUGACUUCCCGGGAGAAAUGGUCGUAGUGGACGACCUAGAGAACACGGAGCUACCCUACUUCGUGCUGGAGAUCUCAGGGAAUACGGAGGACAUCCCUCUGGUGCGCUGGAGGCAGCAAUGGCUGGAGAAUGGUACUUUGCUUUUUCACAUCCAUCACCAAGAUGGUGCUCCAAGUCUCUCUGGACAAGACCCAACAGAAGAACCCCAACAUGAGUCAGCAGAAGAGGAACUAAGGAUCCUACACAUCUCAGUCAUGGGUGGCAUGAUCGCUCUGUUGUUAUCCAUCUUGUGCCUGGUGAUGAUCCUGUAUACCCGCAGGCGCUGGUGCAAACGUCGCCGCGUGCCCCAGCCCCAGAAGAGUGCCAGUGCGGAGGCAGCCAAUGAGAUCCAUUACAUUCCAUCUGUGCUGAUUGGCGGCCACGGGCGAGAAAGUUUGCGCAAUGCCCGAGUGCAGGGACACAACUCCAGUGGCACCCUGAGCAUCCGGGAGACACCCAUCCUGGAUGGCUAUGAGUAUGACAUCACAGACCUGCGUCACCAUCUGCAGAGGGAGUGCAUGAAUGGAGGCGAGGACUUUGCCAGUCAGGUCACACGCACCUUGGACUCCCUUCAGGGCUGCAAUGAGAAGUCUGGGAUGGACCUCACACCAGGAAGCGACAAUGCCAAGCUGUCCCUGAUGAACAAGUAUAAAGACAAUAUCAUAGCCACGAGCCCCGUGGAUUCCAACCACCAGCAAGCCACUCUGCUCUCCCACACCUCCAGUAGCCAAAGAAAGAGGAUUAACAACAAAGCAAGAGCUGGUUCCGCCUUCUUGAACCCUGAGGGGGACUCUGGCACUGAGGCAGAAAAUGACCCACAGCUGACCUUUUAUACGGACCCCUCUCGGAGCCGGAGACGCAGUCGAGUGGGCUCUCCCCGAAGUCCUGUGAAUAAGACCACCCUGACCCUGAUCAGCGUCACCAGCUGUGUGAUUGGCCUCGUGUGCUCCUCGCACGUCAGCUGCCCUCUUGUUGUCAAAAUCACCCUUCAUGUCCCCGAGCACCUGAUCGCUGAUGGGAGCCGCUUUAUCCUGCUGGAGGGAAGCCAGCUGGAUGCCAGUGACUGGCUGAACCCUGCCCAAGUGAUUCUCUUCUCGCAGCAGAACUCCAGUGGGCCCUGGGCCAUGGACCUCUGUGCCCGGCGGCUCCUGGACCCUUGUGAACACCAAUGUGACCCCGAAACUGGUAGGCGGGAGCACCGGGAAGCGGGGGAAUGUCUGUGCUACGAAGGUUACAUGAAGGAUCCUGUCCACAAGCAUCUUUGCAUUCGGAACGAAUGGGGAACAAACCAGGGGCCUUGGCCUUACACAAUAUUUCAGCGAGGCUUUGACCUGGUUUUGGGAGAGCAGCCUUCUGAUAAAAUAUUCAGAUUUACCUACACCCUUGGGGAAGGCAUGUGGCUGCCCCUCAGUAAAAGCUUCGUGAUUCCACCAGCUGAACUGGCCAUAAAUCCAUCAGCAAAGUGUAAGACCGACAUGACUGUGAUGGAAGAUGCUGUGGAGGUCAGAGAGGAGCUGAUGACAUCAUCAUCCUUUGACAGCCUGGAAGUUCUCUUAGACUCCUUUGGGCCAGUGCGUGACUGCAGCAAAGAUAAUGGAGGCUGCAGUAAGAAUUUCCGCUGCAUUUCAGAUCGCAAGCUGGACUCUACUGGUUGUGUGUGCCCGUCAGGACUCAGCCCUAUGAAGGACAGCUCAGGCUGCUAUGACCGCCACAUCGGUGUGGACUGCUCUGAUGGUUUCAACGGAGGCUGCGAACAGCUGUGUCUCCAGCAGAUGGCGCCUUUUCCAGACGACCCCACCUUGUACAACAUCCUCAUGUUCUGCGGGUGUAUCGAAGACUACAAGCUUGGGGUGGAUGGACGGUCUUGCCAACUUGUCACGGAGACCUGCCCAGAGGGCGGUGACUGUGCGGAAAGCAGAGAGGUCUCCAUGAACCAGACUCUCUUUGGGGAAAUGUUCUUUGGUUACAACAACCAGUCCAAGGAAGUAGCUGCUGGACAGGUGCUAAAAGGAACAUUCAGACAAAAAAACUUUGCUCGUGGUUUAGACCAGCAACUGCCAGAUGGUCUUGUGGUUGCCACUGUCCCACUGGAGAACCAGUGUCUAGAGGAAAUCUCGGAGCCCACCCCUGACCCUGACUUCCUGACUGGGAUGGUGAACUUCAGUGAAGUGUCUGGAUACCCUGUACUACAGCACUGGAAAGUUCGGUCUGUGAUGUACCACAUCAAACUCAAUCAAGCAGCUGUCUCUCAGGCCUUCAGCAAUGCGCUCCACUCCUUGGAUGGGGCCACAUCUCGUGCAGAUUUCGUGGCCUUCUUGGAUCAGUUUGGCAACCAUUACAUCCAGGAAGCUGUCUAUGGCUUUGAGGAAUCCUGUUCUAUAUGGUACCCAAAUAAGCAAGUUCAACGGCGACUCUGGCUGGAAUAUGAAGAUAUCAGUAAAGGCAACUCCCCAUCUGAUGAGUCGGAGGAGCGGGAAAGGGAGCCCAAGGUGCUGACAUUCCCAGAAUACAUCACUAGCCUGUCAGACUCUGGCACCAAGCGUAUGGCAGCUGGAGUCCGAAUGGAGUGCCAGAGCAAGGGACGAUGUCCCUCAUCUUGUCCUUUGUGUCAUGUGACGUCCAGCCUUGAAACCCCUGCCGAGCCAGUCCUGCUUGAAGUGACCAGAGCAUCCCCCAUCUAUGAACUGGUGACCAAUAACCAGACCCAGAGGCUCUUACAGGAGGCCACCAUGAGCUCUCUCUGGUGCUCGGGGACUGGAGAUGUCAUCGAGGAUUGGUGUCGAUGUGACUCCGCUGCUUUCGGAGCGGACGGCCUCCCCACCUGUGCGCCACUCCCACAGCCUGUGCUGAGACUUUCCACGGUACACGAACCCAGCAGCACCCUCGUGGUCCUGGAGUGGGAACAUUCGGAGCCACCCAUUGGAGUGCAGAUCGUAGAUUACCUGAUCCGUCAAGAGAAAGUCACAGACCGGAUGGACCACUCCAAAGUUGAGACAGAAACAGUGCUGAGCUUUGUAGAUGACAUCAUCUCUGGAGCGAAGGCUCCCUGUGCCAUGCCAUCUCAGGUGCCAGACAAGCAGCUCACCACCAUUUCUCUCAUCAUCCGAUGCCUGGAACCUGACACCAUUUACAUGUUCACCCUCUGGGGAGUGGACAACACAGGGCGACGCUCCAGGCCAAGUGAUGUGAUUGUGAAGACGCCAUGUCCUGUGGUGGAUGAUGUCAAAGCCCAAGAAAUAGCAGACAAGAUCUACAAUCUCUUCAAUGGCUACACCAGUGGCAAGGAGCAACAGACUGCCUACAACACCCUUCUGGACCUGGGUUCCCCCACUUUGCAUCGAGUCCUCUACCACUAUAACCAGCACUACGAGAGUUUUGGGGAAUUCACCUGGCGGUGUGAGGAUGAAUUAGGUCCCAGGAAAGCAGGCCUCAUCCUUUCUCAGCUUGGAGAUCUGAGCAGCUGGUGCAAUGGACUGCUUCAGGAGCCCAAGAUAACCCUGAGGCGCGCUGCACUCAAGUACCUGGGCUGCAGGUACAGUGAGAUCAAGCCCUAUGGACUGGACUGGUCCGAGCUCAGCCGGGACCUCAGGAAGACCUGUGAGGAACAGACCUUGAGCGUCCCCUACAAUGACUAUGGGGACAGCAAGGACAUCUAGCGCCGCGGGUCCUGGGAGUCGCUGCCAAAAUAAAGCAGGAGAGAAGAGGGGGACAUCUGGGUGGGUUUGUGGAUUUUUAGACAUUUUUUUAAUGGGACAUCCAAAGCUCCACAGGUACCUUCUAAACCAGGAAGAGAGUAACCCUUGCUCCCUGCAGGACUUGUCCAGUGUGAUAACCUCUAUCUGCAUGGUCACUCAUCCUGACUGACAGUAGCUUCAUGCAGCACCAUUUUGUUUCCUUAGAAGAUUACCUUGAAACUCAUUUGGGCAUUUAUUUGCUUCAGUCACUUGUUUUUCUUCAAGAAAUUCACCGGGAUGCUUAAGCGCUCUACCGUGCUGCCCACGAAAGGUCAAAGGUGGGGGUGCUUCUAUUAGAGUUCCCAGUGGCAGCUGGGAACAGAAGUGAAAGAUAAAUCUUCACCUGCCUGGUGCCUCUGCUCUGGCAUUUCUUAGGAAGCCUUGGAAUGCUGGGAGCCCAGGCAUACGCUGAAGAAGAUAAUGAGGUGGCCCAUGUGUGUUUCUCAUGGGUUUUCGCCCAAGCUUCCUUGUUGCUAUCUCCAGACCUCACAGGUGAAACCAGGUUCUGCUAGGGGUCCAGCCUUACUGAGUUUUAGGUCUUCCCUUCUUCAUGUUCAGCCAGGACCAGAAUUGCUGGUAGAUUUCCGUCCUUUCUUCUAAACAACAUGAUCUUUGAGAGGCAGUGCGAUACUGCCUGCCAAAUCUAGGUCCAGAGAGGCCUACCUGCAAGACUACUCGGCAGACCCCUUUGCAGGAGAUAAGUGGAGUUUGUUUAAAAAUAUUUAUACUCUCUGAUACUACCAACAGAGACCUAAGAGCCUUGAUUCUGUUUGGUCCUGGGCUUGAUUGAUGUUUGGUUUCAUCCGGGAAUGAGAUUCUUUCCCGUCAGUGUUUCAGUGAACUAAAGCUCUUAUCAAUCUGAAAAGUGCUUCUCUCCACACUCCCCUUACUAAAUUUUCUGAAUCAUAUUGUAAUUUUUGACAGUCCUUUCUCUGAUGUCAAUCAGCUUGCUUCUGACCAGAGCAUCUGGCAAUCAUGCUCAGUAGGGACUGAGGUCCCGUUUGCACUCACUGUCAGGGAGUGGGAUGGUGACUCAGCUAUCAGGAAGACUAGCUUCGUGGGUCCAGGUCAAGUAGCAAUGACCCAAUGUAAUUCAGCCAGCUUGCCUUCCCUGGAACUCUCCGUACAGAAACACAUGACAUAACAUGGGUCUGGAAGACUCUACAGUGCGGUCACCAAGCCUUAUUCGUGCUGGCCAAUUAGGAAUAGUGACAGAAAAUAUUGAUUAGCUGCUCUGUGAUGGGCACUACUCUAAACAUUUUACUGAAUUCUCAACCUCCUAAGGAAAGAUCUAUUCUUUUCUACCUUUUUGUGAUGAGCAAUGCAGGCAAGAAGGUGACUCAAGGAAGCUUUACCUUCCUAAGGAACCACGUACAGAUGUGCCCCUCAUGCAACGGGAAGGGAGAUUGCCAAAGUACACCCAUAACUUUUGGAGUGGGGGUGCAUUUGGUGCCCUCAGCACGGCAGCACCCUGGCUUCCCCCUGUGAGUGGGGAGGAUUUAUCUUGUUCAUUUUGCCUCACAGAUUCCCUAACUUUUAGAACAAAGUACAGAUGAAAACUUGACUGUCUCACCCACGGCCAGUGUAUGAGCUUUAGUAAAAGGGCAUCUAAGGGCAAUCUGUUCACUAUUAUCAGAUAAGAGGAUGCUAUGGACUCAUAUGGUAGGGUGUGUACAUCUCCUUACUGCUGUUUCUUUCUUUCCAUCUUUAAGUCUAUGAUGAAAAUGGUGUUUUGAUUUUGAACAGAAGCAUAAUGAGGCUGCUGAUGCCAUCCAGCCCUGUUGGAGAUAAGAGCUUAUAGACUCAGGAGGGGAGACAAGGAGUGAUGUUAAGAUUAUUACUCUGACCGGGUAGUUGUGGCACACACGUUUAAUCCCAGCACUUGGGAGGCAGAGGCAGACAGAUCUAUGUUGAGUUCGAGGCCAGCCUGGUCUACAAGAGCUAGUUCCAAGACAGGCUCCAAAGCUACAGAGAAACCCUGUCUCGAAAAACAAAACAAUACAAACAAAAACAACAAAAAGAUUAUUACUCUGUUUCCACCCCCAUUCUGUUUUACUCCAGACAUACCUUCCUCCUCUCUUUUAUCCUUAUGCUCUUCUCUCCAAAGCCCUUCCACCUCCUACAUGAAUCCAUUAUCAUCUCUCUCUUUCUCCUCCCUCGCUUACCCUUGACUGCCUAUUCUUUCAGUCUGCUCUUAUGUUCUCCUCUCUUCAAAUGUAUGACCAGGUAUACACACCCUCACUCCCAAACACUACGUACUCAACUCCUAUGACUGGUGCAAUGUAAUUUUGAGUUUAAAAGUUCAACAUGAAUGGGUUAGGGGUAGUCUUGAGAUGGUUAUAGAUGUGACUGGAGGACUUUUGCCUUCAAAAAGAUAAGGAUUACACACUGCCAGUCAUUCUCAGUUCUUGCCUGGAGGAACUCUCUAGAAAAGCUAAUGCAAUUGAGCCAGUAUUAAACCUCAUUUCCAAGCUGCCAAACAGGUCUUAAGGGAGCCACUUCCAUCCACCUAAAUGCCUCCAGUUCCUUGUCAAACUGGGACCGCUAUUGUUUCCUCUUGAAUGCACACAAACCACUGUAUAGCAUCAGAACCUUAACUGAGUGUGCAAUUGUUUCUCUUGAAGUUUGGUCCAUUCGUUAUUUUUAUGUAACUGCACUCCUUGAUAUUCAAAUGUUCUAUUAAAAAGUUAAGUGUGAAAAACACUACACUACUGUAGAAGGAAGAGAUGGUACAAUGUGACCAACUUCAACUAUAACAGUGUUGUUUAAGAGAAUUACUGUACGAUUAUGAGAAGCAAAGUAAUCGAGUAAAUAAUAAACAAAGCUGUCAGCAGGUGUUGAGU